UGAUUAAGUAAGAUUUGAAGGGGUUCGGACAACGAUUUGUUUUUUCACUGAACCAGCAUUGACCGAAAAAUGUUAUAUAUAAAGCUGGGUAGAGUUUUACGGGGAUAUUUCUGGUAACAGGUUGGAGUUUCAAUUUAGGAAGUUGAAAAGACCAACGACAUCAUGAAUUUAAUCGCAUUGUGUGUAUUGAUGAGCAUACUUUCCGUCUCGUGUAUUCGUUCUCAAACAACUGCUGCCACUGAAACAACAACAGAGGCACAAACGACAACACCACCUCCAACUUUGGAUGAUUUUGCUGGGUGCACCUCCAUCUUGAAGAAAUUUGGCAAAGUAGAGAAUGGAUUGUACACUAUUGUGGAUAAAGUGGGAUCCGUUUAUCGCACAUACUGCGACAUGGAAAUUGACGGAGGUGGUUGGACACUUGUGGCAUCCGUACACGAGAACAAUAUUGGCGGCAAAUGCUCGGUUGGGGACAGAUGGUCAAGCCAACAAGGAAACUCCUAUGCAUUUAAAGAUGGUGAACAAUUUUGGUCAAAUCUAGACACUUAUGGAUUGGCAGAAUCGGCAACUAGUGAUGACUUCAAGUGUCAAGGAUACUUUAAUCUUCCAGCGAGGGAUGUCAUGAUAUGGCACGUACCAGAUGGUACUAUGUUGAAGGACUACAGCGAAAAAGCAUUUCUGAAGUAUCAUACUAAUUCUGGAUUUCUUGAACGUUAUGGCUGGAAUCUUUAUCACCUAUUCAAAUAUUAUUUUCCAAUGCGCCAAGGCCAAGCUGAUGAUGAAAGUGGACCUGCCGAAAUGAUAGUGUGGGACAAAGGCGACAACGAAACUAUGGUUGCAAACACGGCCCCAUCGAUGGUUUCUGAAACAGUGCCAGGAUUUAUUCAAUUUAGAGCAAUGAACCAUGAAAGCAGCGCGUUUGCGUUAUGUCCAGGAGUUAAGCUCGAAAAAUCCCGCGGGAACGCUGAGCAUGCCUGUGUCGGUAGCGUAGGAUAUACGCGAGAAUCUUACCAUCAAUGUGGAGAUUUCGCUGGCUUUGAUUGGAACGGAAAGGGGACUAAAUAUGGAUUUUCUACGAGCAAAGAGAUGCUCGAAUCAGCAAUUUUUAUUUUUUAUCGAUAAAAUUUGAUAUCACUCAUAAUAUCAAAUUUGUAGCAUGGAUUUUUAUAUCCUACCGCCCCAAAAUAAUUUGAAGACCAAUAUUUCUGUUUUACCGAAUCAUGGGAAGUAUUUUUGUAUAUUUCCAAAUGUUAACUAUUCUUUUCAAAAUGAACAUAUCUUACGUUCGUUCAGUUGCAGUGUGACCCGACUUAUCUUGAGAUUCCAAUGUAAAUAUUUCAGUUUUUGAUACGAAUUAAUCAUAUGCUGGUGCCGUGUUUCAGUAACACAUGUGAAAAUAAAACUCAAAUUUGUAUCUUG